AUGUUGAACGACGUUAAACUCGCACGAGUGGGACCAAACCGUCACGAUUCGAGGAUUACUGUUAAAGUGUUAAAGAUCUGGGAUACAAUUCAUGUCGACACCGGUGAAGGGCUCAGUUUCCUCUUUCUCGAUGACGAGGAACGAAGAUGCAUGCAUUGGUGGAAAGAAAAGAUCAGCAUAGGAGAUUUAGGAGACUACUUCAUGAAGAAGAGUGGAAGACCAUAUCUGGUUUCAAAGGGAGUGGAAGAUUCUAACCGGUUUUCCGUGGUGAUGGUGAAUACAGAGAUCCGUUUGACGGAAGCCAGAAACAAGAUUGCUCUCACGUCCAACACCAGCGUCACACCCGCAGAGGACUCGGAUGCUUGGAUUCCGCUUGACAUCGUUCCUUACGAAUAUGUUUCGAAUUUUUGGAAUGAUGAACGAACUUCUUUCCCUAGAGACUUUCUAGGGUUUAUACUUGAAGUUCGUGAGACAACGGUCAUGGAAGAUGUCUCUAUUCCUAGGAACCCUUUAAACGAUGAUCCAAAGACCACUAACACAAUAGAUUUCACCCUACAGGACAACGAUGGGGAUCAAAUACAGUGUCGUGUAAAGGGUGCCUUAGCAUCUAAGUUUAAACGGUUUUGGCUUUACUAUGGUAAAAUUGAGACCAUCGUAUGCCUCUUAACCGAUUGGCGGGUUCUUGAAGAUGCCGAUCCUGCUCAUAUCGAAAGUGAAGAAGGAAUCUCUAGAUUUGAAUUCAAUCCUAUUGGCUUUGAUGAGGUUGACCAUUUCACUGAGAUAAUGUGCUCUUCCUCACAAGACAGCAGCAAAGAAGAAGUUGAAGAAAUGGAAUUUGAUUAUUUCAAUGGCUGUAGAACCGACAACAAAAGUUGA